AUGUACUCAGACUGGUUAUCUGGGUGCUCGAUUUUAUUUGAAAGUCUAUGUGGUUGGUUUGACGGGGAAAUUGGGCACUUACUGAAAAAUAAAAAUAGAGACAUCUGGGGAAGCAGGUGA